UUUGACCCGUCUAUAGGGUUCACAGUGCUCGACUUUGACCACUUCUUUGGAGAACCUAUCCAUGAUUGCAUGAAUAUACCAGGCUUCGACAGGCCGGCGUGGAUAGAAAGGGCAUUUAGUAACGCUAACACUCAUACCCGCUCAUGGGCUGACGCUGUCGUGACGAAAUACGGUAUGGCAACCUCUUUUCAAUCUCACUAUUUACCUUUCAACUCCCCGUAG